UCUGCGAUACAAGCAGGGUCAGCCUGCCCGAAAUCCAGCCGGGCAGGUCCAAACUCCGAUGUCCCUCCAUUUUCUUAGAUAACUAGCUCAAGCGCCUAUCGCACCUUGGCUUGAAGGAGUGUGAGCUCGUCGGUCUCCACUACGACGACCCCCGCCACCUCUGCCGUGGAAGGUGGCGCGUGUGCCAGUAGCUCGGUAACUCUAGCUCCCUGUGUUAGCUAUUAGAGCUAAUCAAUUAUGGGUCAGAGGCUGAGUUGCAGGCAACGCCAUGAAAAUGCUCUGUUUGCUGCUGUUGCUAAUGGGGACUUGGAGGUAGUCGAGGCUAUGAUAGAGGAAGACCCUACAGUUCUUGAAGAUACUUCCGGCCAUGCUAAGCUCUCCCCUCUACAUGCAGCAGCCGCCAGUGAUCGGAUCGAGGUACUUUCCAUGUUACUGGACCGGUCUGUUAAUGUCGACGUCCUUAAUCGCUAUAAACAGACCCCGUUGAUUUUGGCUGUGAUGCGUGGAAACAUUGGUUGUGUGGAAAAGCUUAUUCAAGCCGGAGCUAAUAUAUUGAUAUUUGAUUCUUUACGUGGUCGAACCUGCCUGCACCAUGCUGCUUAUUAUGGCCACAUUGAUUGCCUUAAGGCCAUUCUUUCUGCUGCCCGUUCCUCACCAAUUGCAAGCUCAUGGGGGUUUGCAAGAUUUGUUAACGUAAGAGAUAGAAAUGGCGCCACACCAUUGCAUCUUGCAGCCCGUCAAAGACAGCCUGAAUGUCUGCGUACUCUUCUAGACAAUGGGGCUCUUGUUUGUUCAUCACCUGGUGGAUAUGGUUAUGCAAGGAGCGCACCACUUCAUUUGGCUGCUCGUAGUGGUUCCUUGGAUUGUGUCCGUAUCUUGCUUGCUUGGGGAGCAGAUAGGCUACAAUUAGAUUCCUCUGGGAGAAUACCUUUCACAGUUGCCUUGAAGCACAAGCAUAAGGCAUGUGCUGUCCUGCUGGACCCUUCAUCAGCUGCACCACUUGUUUGGCCAUCCCCAUUGAAGUUCAUUAGUGAGCUCAAUGAGGAAGCAAAAGCCUUACUGGAAAAGGCCUUAAUGGAAGUUAACAGGGAGAGGGAAAAGACCCUACUCAAGGAGGGAGACAUUCCUUCAUCUUCCCUGCAUUCUGAUGGUGAAGAUGAUGGUAUCGACUCUGAGGCUAGCAGCAGUGUGGAAUUAUGUUGUAUAUGCUUUGAUCAAGUAUGCACAAUUGAGGUCAGACCAUGUGGUCAUCAAAUGUGUGCUCAUUGCACCCUAGCAUUAUGCUGUCACAAGAAGCUUGAUGCAGGAGCUCCUUGCCCUGCUGGACCAGCAUGCCCUUUUUGCCGAGGUGCUAUUCUUCAAUUAGUUGUUGCUAAGAUUGAGACCAGCAGUGAUGUAGAAGUUGAAUCUAGUCCCACAACAAAGCCCAGGAGAUCAAGAAAAUCAAAUUUCAGUGAAGGAAGCAGCAGCUUCAAGGGCUUGUCAGCCAUGGGUUCAUUUGGGAGGAUUGCAGGCCGCAACUCAGAAAAGAUUGCCGAAAAGUAAUGAGGCGAUUGAUGGGUUAGCCACGGUUGUUUGCUUCCGAGCCAGUCAGGAAACUGAUCUAGUGGUGAUUUUACCCAUCGUUGGAGUAGCUGCUUAUAUCGAUAUAGGUUUUGAGGUCAAUUUUUUGAUAACAGAGUGAAUGAUCGUAAGAUCAUGAGAGACAAUAGGUGGGUGAAAUUUCUUAAACUCCCUGUUUGAGGUUUUGUAAUAUGCUUCUUAGUUGGUUGGACUUGGAGCAUCAAGCCCUUUGUGUUUGUUAUCAAAUAUCAAAUAUAGUAUUUCAUGAAAUAAAGGUACUUCUCUUUGACGCU